UUCUCAUCGUAAGUUCAGUAAAGGUUAGAAUGGCGGGUUAGAUGACAAUUCGCCUGGCUAUUGUUGACUGAAAAUAAGAUUAUAUUAUAAUACGAAAGAUCCUACUGAAGUGUACAUACAUACAACGUUAUUGUUGCUGGUGCUUUUAAUGUUUUGCUCAGUUUACUGAAGAAUUUGACUGACCAGUUGCACGUCUACGAGAAUUAUUCUUCUGACAGUUAGGGCACACAUCAACAAGACUGAUUGUGCUUUUACCGGGAAAGCUCUUUUCCAUUUUACUCUAGCUAGUACUAGAGUGAGAAGUCUCCGGUGCCGGCUCAGUAGAGAACUUCACAAGAGAACAAUACAGCAGCAUGUUGGCAGAAAAAGCCUUGGAUUUGAUUCGUGAACUUCAACGUACGCUGAGUGGCACCCUCUCUCCAUAUAAUGAGGACAAAAUACGUCAAGUUCUUGAGGAGAUGCAGAAUCUGUACGACCAGAACAGGGAUAGAGCGCACUAUGCAGCUGGCCAAGCUGAUGUUUUUGCUGCCAUCCAACUCAGACAUGCGGCCAUACAAAGGAACAAGCGCUGCCUCUUAGCCUAUCUAUACAACCGACUGGAGCAAAUACGGAAGAUGAGAUGGGAGUUUGGAAGUGUGUUACCGUCUGAUGUCAGGUACAACAUGUGUGAACAGGAGGUUCAAUGGUUUACUCAAUACAAUCGUCAACUAGCCAACUACAUGAAGACAAUAGGUGAAAGUGGAGGCUUGGAUCUUACUCAGGAUAUGAAACCACCCAAGACUCUCUAUGUUCUGGUAAGGUGCAUUAUGGAUCACGGGGAGUUUGAAACACAGGAUGGAAACAUUAUCUUGCUGAAGAAAAAUAGUCAGCACUACCUUCUGAGGUCUGAGUGUGAGCACCUGAUCAGGCAAGGGAUUCUGGAACAUUUAGUGCACUAACGUCUGACUGUGGAGAUCAUGGAUUGGUGAGAGUUGAGGCUGUGACGUGUUUUUUUCACUACCAUGACGAUGGAAAGGUGCUUCUUCUCCGAAAGUUUCAUGAAUGUGGGAAAUAUGGGAAGUUCCAGGUUGUUGGUUUUAGCAUGAGAUGCCAAUUUUGUCCUUUGUGAAUAUAUUGUCAACAUUUCCGUUUGUGGACAUUCUGUUAUCUCAAUAACCCGGGACUUAUUUUUCAUAUUUUGACAUUUUUACCAGAUCUCCUGAAAUAUGUGUCAGGGUAUGCAUGCAAAAAAAAUCACGAAUUGCCUAGAAAUGAUCCCGCACACAAAAAUUAUACAUCGAAUUAAAGAUAAAUUGAUUACAAUGAUAAUCAUUCAUCUAGCCCCAUUAGAUAUGGAAAUACAUGACACAUGAAAAGAUUUUGUGGAAAGAAGUGAGAGGUCAAAGAGUAAGAAUUAUCUUUCAGACACAACACUCACACCCAUCUCCAUGACAAGAUGAUGAAUCCCCCUCAGGUAGCUGGUCAGCUGUUUGUGGGGAAGGUCAUCCAGUAUAAUUCAGUUGAGAGUAAACAGUUGGGCACAGCUUUUGUAUUUUAUAAUAAAAUUCAGGAACUUGCACAAUUAUCAUAUUUUGAAAAUAAAAAAAAAUAUUGAUGAAAUGAAGGAAAAGCUGCAUGUUACACUGUUUAUACCUUACUUCUCGCGAGCUACCACAAACACUGGUGGAGGAACAUUUAGAGAUCUGCACGAGUGUGCCAGAUCUUGGAGAAGUCCUUUGGGUGGAGUGGGGUUGACCCUGGCUCCCUUACAGAAGCUGGAUCACUUCUUUUCCUCUGAUGUGCUGCAGACUUGGCUCUGAAAGUCAACUCCAAGGUAGGCAAUCAUGUUCUUUGUGCCAGCGAAACUUUCCACACCGCAGUUCUUUUGUGAGGUGAUGGUAUGAGGCGUGACGGUGAUGUCAUCUGCAGCGGCAGUGAGCUGCUCAAUAAGGCUGAGCUUGAGUGAUGGCAGACUGAGGUCAUGCCUUCUGGCCUGGUGAGGCUGCACAGCCUGUCAGCGUUGUGGCAUGGGGUCUCAAUGAUCCAACAAUGCAACUUUUUCCACUAUUUCCUGCUUUUGCAACAAAAGAAAUGGAGUCUUAUGCAGUUGCAAGCGCCGUAAAACUCUUACUAAAAUAAACAAAAAAUGGAGUAGGAUCCAACCAUUUGAUCUAUCUUGUCACAGCUGUACAUUCGCUUGUUGUACGAGUUGAUGAUGGAUGACUUCAUCUUCUCCUUUCUUGUUACAUCUCCUACAUCUCCUUCCUGUGUUUUACUUGAUACCAUCAGUAUUGGUUUGCUGGUCUUCUUGUCUUGCCAUUAAUGAUAAAGUGGUUGAACUUUUUGAUGGUCUUCACUUUAAAAAAAGAUGAUGCGAGGUGACUUGCCCAGUCGAAUGUUGAGAUGGAACUCGGGCCAUUUUCUGUGCCGACAAGAAGGGCUUUGUUCAUAACAAAUCUUUCCUUAUCCUUUCUGAGCUUUGUGAGUUGAAGUGUGAAGUAUAAUUGGUUGACUUUUUUUCUGGGUACUCUUCACUUCUUUUCAAUUUAUAAUGAACUGGACCUGUGUGAAUGAAGUGAUCUUAAAAUGUGACGCAUGUUUGUUAUAAGUGUAAUAUUAAUUGUGAAUUUGUAGAAUUUUGUUCUUUUGUGUAAAAGCCAAAGUUUGUUGAAUUGCAAUUUGUAAAAAAAAAAUGGAAGAAAAGGUUUAUGGUUGUUCAUGAAAGUUAUGUGAGAAAAGUAUGUAAUGUUCUAUGUCUUCAACCAGUUAUGAUUUUCAAUAAAUGUUUUUGACUCAUGAUA